AUGCUUUUCCUGCUUGAUGGUUGGCUCUCAUCCUUCUCCAACUAUGGUCUGUGCAUCGCCACUGCUGCAACGCUCCACUAUUUUGUGCUGGCCUCCUUCACAUGGAUGGGCCUAGAGGCUGUGCACAUGUACAUUGCUUUGGUUAAGGUCUUCAACACCUAUAUUCCCUCUUACAUCCUCAAGUUCUGCGCUGUAGGAUGGGGUGUUCCUUUGGUGAUAGUCGGCCUCGUGCUGGCCAUAGAUAAAGAUGCUUACGGCAGCAUUGUACCUGAAGAUGUGACAGUGGCUCUUCAGUCCACUGACCCAUUCUGCUGGCUGCAGAAUGACGUCUUCUUCUACGUGACAGUGGUGGCAUUUGUUCUUUUGAUCCUGUUGUGUAACCUGUCAGUCUUCAUCGUGGUUCUGAUCCAGAUCAGACGCAUGAAAGCCAAUAAGCCGUCAGCAAAGAGCCGUAACGCUCUGCAGGACCUGAGGGCAGUCGCUGGUCUCACUGUGCUGUUGGGCCUGACGUGGUCAAUGGGCUUUUUUUCAUUUGGGCCGGGCAAAGUGAUCAUGAUGUACCUGUUCACAAUCCUCAACACUUUCCAGGGGCUCUUUGUUUUUCUGUUCCAC